AUGGACACCUCUCCACAUACCACGUGCCCCGGGUGUGAUACAUCAGAGUUCACUUCUCACCACAGCUUCGGUGCAAGUUGCUGCUCCUUACCGCGCAUUUCACCGGCCACGCCCCCUCGCAGGUCUCUUAGCAACCUGGCCACAUGCCUAACGAGACCAGACCAACCUCUUAAAAACAGGCACACCUCCUUCGGUCGCCGACAUGUAGCCACACCGCGGGAAAUCGUCGGUGGUGGGCGGAGCGCUCUCUUCAGCCAAUCAAGGCCAUGUACGGAAUACCACUCCCAUCAUGUAUACAAUGCACCCGCUGGAGGCCAUAACGGGCAGAAUUUCUGCAUCUUGGACGAUCAGCGGUUCUCGAGAGAGAUUCUGCCCAAGUACUUCAAGCACAACAAUUUGUCCAGCUUCAUCCGCCAGCUUAACAUGUAUGGAUUCAGGAAGGUGAUGAGUCUGGAGGGCGGGCUGGUGAGGUCGGAUCGCGCCUCUGCCAUCGAAUUCCAGCACCCCUUUUUUAAGAAGGGACGAGCGGAGCUCCUGGAACAUAUCAAACGUAAGAUUUCCACAUCGGUAAGAUCCGAAGACCCGCACCUAUCUCCGGAAGAACUGCAAAAGGUCUUUUUUGAGCUACAAGAACUAAAAGAUGGUCAAAACAAUAUGGACGCCAAAUUGGAAAACAUGAGGAGUGUGGGCUCUGUGUUGGUCAUUGCGAGCUCUGUGGUGGCCAGUAUCCUUCAGUUCAUUUUGAGCCUAAUGCGAGGAAAUAUUGUCAUGGGGCCCCCCAAAAAAAGGUUCGCCUUUCUUCGCAGCACUCUGGAGACCAGACUCUACAAAUCCAUGAGAUUUUCAGCCCUGGAGAAGGCACGUCGGGACCGACCACACAAGAUGCGGAGCAAACGCAGAUCUUCACAGCCCAGCCAGCGAUACCCAUCGCAGCAGAAGUCACCGAGUAUUGACUCGGUGCAGGAGGUUAUCAUUGAUGAUUCAGUUCUGCAGCUGCAGUCCUUGGCUGAGCAAACGCUGGUCCCCAGCAGCUCUACAGGAGAAGAGGAGCUAGCACUGGACGUAGUGCCACCGAACUCCGCUGAGGACGACGAUAGUGACAUCAACUCUAUUCUGAAUGAGAACAGUGCAGCCGGCGACUACGAUUUGUUAUACCGGGGAGGGGGUCAGGGACAAGGGAAGGCAAAAUAUAAGUGGGUUGAGCUUAAGCCAGAGGUGCCACCUGGUGGCAUGUCCUGGCAUGUGCAUGCGCGUAAUGAUGUCAUGUGCACUCCACUGCCGGCUGCCAUCUUGGUGAUGGACCCUAUUAAAGAGAGAGGAGGCGACGUUAUCUGCAGGGGCAAAGGAAAGGUGAGGAAGCAGGAGGGCAAUGCAUAUGUCCCUCCUCUCCUAGGUCUGGGGGGGCGCGGGGGGGGGUGCAGUCAGACCUCUGUAGCACACAAGAAGGGGAUAAUAUUUUGUGUUUUGUUUUAUUCUGCAGGCAAGCAGCUGAUGCAGUACACCGGAAACCCUGUGCUUUCCCUGUUCGAUCUCGCCUCCAGCGACUACGGAGCAGUCGCGUUGGAUCCGGCAAAUUUGCUGACCGCAAUGGGAGACGACGCGUACGCAGGCAGUUCAUCAGCGCAGAACGACAGCGUUCCGGGAUGUAGCUCCAGCAAGGAACCGGACCUGCUGGUGGAAGAUUUCGGCGGCCCUCAGGAGGUCUCACCUUCCGUCCUCGGCCCCGUUAACAAUCUCAUCGACGAGGCCAAAGAAUCCGAGACGCUUGGAGUGUAG